AUGAAUAUGAGGAAAAGAAGUAUAAAUUACAAAUGUAUAUAUAUUGUUCUGUUUUAUUUUACUAUAAAAUUAAUAAUAAUAUUAGGUAAUAAUAAAAACAGCAAUUUAAAAAAUAUCCAUACUAAUAAUUACCAAUGGAAAAAGAAAAGUGUUCAAAAAAGGUCGUAUAAAAGUAAAAAGUAUAAAUUGAUGCAUUUCAUAUAUUAUAAUAAUUUGUACAAAAAAGUAGACGUCAAUGAUCGCGAAUAUAAAAUAAAUGAUGAUUUAAAAAAUAUAAUUUUAUUAUUUGGUCGUAUAGCAGAACCUUAUUAUCCUAAGGCAGUCGAACAAUUUAAUCAUUUUAAAGAACCAUAUAGUAAAUAUAUUUAUACUAAUAACAGAAGUAAUUACAAUUACAAUUACAAUAAUAAUAAUAAUUAUAAUAUUAAUAGUAGUUGUAAUAUUAGUAGUAAUAUUAGUAGCAAUAUUAGUAGCAGUAGCAUUGAUCCAUCUGAUAAAUGGAAAUUCAUUUUCCGAGAUAUUAAAAAAAUGGAUAAAAAUAUGUUCCAUGAAAGAAUAUGUCAACUUAAAUUUAAAUGGCCGAUAAAUAAAGAUGAAAAUAUUACAGAAUAUGAUUUUUAUAAUUACAUUAUUGAAAGAUGUUUAUAUAAUAUUAAUAUUAUGAGAAGUAACAUACAAAAGUUAAAAUAUUUAUUAACCAAACUUGUGGGGAACAAUAAAAAUAAGGAAAAUGUUUUCUUGAGUAGUUUAUCUAAAGAAGUAGAAAAAGAAUAUAUGACUCAUCAUGUGGACACAAAAAAAAAUAACAACAAUAAUGAACAUCAUAUUAAUGAUAAUAAUAAUAAUAUUGUUAUUAUUCCAAAGGAUAAUAUAAACAAUCAACCUAAUGAUAACAAAAAUUAUAAUAAUGAUAAUAAUAAUAAUGAUAAUAAUAAUAAUGAUAAUAAUGAUAAUAAUAAUAAUGAUAAUAAUUAUGAUAAUAAUUAUAAUAAUAAUAAUCAACAUGACACAAAUUUUAUAACCCCCACUUCACAAUUAAAUAGUAAUAAUAAAAUAAAAAUUUUAGAAAAAUUAGAAAAUUUUAAUCUGAAUAGUAUCUUUAAACAACAUAAUAGAUCUUAUAGCAGACUGCUUGUUAAUGAAGUGUUUAAUAAAGAAUAUCCUUCCAAAAAAAUUACAGACAUUUUUCUAAAUCUAAUAUUUCAAAAAAAUGUUGAUGAAUUUACUUAUGAAUCCUUCAUUAAGCAUUUAAAUAUUCUUGGUAGGAAAAUAGAAUUAAUAAAUUGUGAUUUUAAUUCAAAUAUAUAUUUUGAUCAGUUUCAUUUUCUUAUGAAAUCUGAACUAAAGAAAAAUUCUCUCAGUGUUAAAAAAAAAACAAAAAAAAAAUAUUCAUCCAAGGCAUUCAAAAAUAAAAAAGAAAAUAACACCAAAAGUGUUUAUGAAAAUAAAACUCAUAAAAAAAAAAAAAAUUCAAUACUCAUAAAUCAACCUAUUAUUACGAAUAAUCUUGAAUCGAUAAAAGAACAACAAUAUAAACAAUUGGAACAAAAUGACCAUCAAUCCAAUAUUAAAAUGCAUAAAAACAUACAUGAUCAAAACAACAUAAAUUCAAAUAAUAUUUUACAAACAAAUAUAAAUAGCAAUGAUCAAAAUUUAAGUAUCAAUAUUAAAAAAAAAGUUAUUUCUUUUUUUAAUUAUAUAGUAAAUACUAUAAAAAAACAAUUCUAA